CGCUAAUUACAGAAAAUAUCGCACUGGCAACGCGCGCAGUUUGACAUUUUGACAAGAGAGCGUUAGAGAGAGAAAGAGAGCACACGCGAGAACACAACUCAUGUAUUUCUAGAAAAGUCCGACAGCGGCAUUAUUGCAAUUUUAGGUUCCCGAAAGAAAACCUUUGCUUAGUAACGCGCGGCGUGUGUUUAUUGCAAUAUUCAUUUAUUUAAUUUAGUUAAAGAUCAGACAUUAAAACGCUAAUAAUAUGGAUAAGGUGAACGAACUGAAAGAAAGGGGCAACACAGCUCUUAAUGCCGAAAAGUUUGAUGAGGCCGUGGCCGCCUACACAGAAGCCAUUGCCUUGGAUGGCAAGAAUCAUGUGCUGUAUAGCAACCGGUCUGCCGCCUUUGCCAAGGCCGGAAAGUACAAGGAUGCUCUGGAGGAUGCGGAGAAGACCAUUGCACUGAACCCCAGCUGGCCCAAAGGUUAUUCACGCAAGGGAGCGGCAGCCGCUGGGCUACGUGAUUACAUGAAGGCCUUUGAGGCGUACAAUGAGGGUUUAAAGUACGAUCCGCAAAAUGCCAUACUGUUGCAAGGACGUCAGGAGAUCACAGCCUCAGUGCUGAGCUAUAUGCAAUCACAAGGUGAAUUUCCCAUGGAUGUCGAUCCACAGCCCGGUUCAGCUGAGUCAGCAUCCAAACCAACUCCUAAAGCAGCACCAGCUGAGCCCGCUAAGCCUGCUGAACCCAAACCCGAAGAGAUGAAUGAGGAAGAUCGCAAAAAGUACUUUGCCAAGCAGGAGAAGGAACUGGGCAAUGCCGCGUACAAGAAGAAGGAAUUCGAAACUGCCCUUAAACAUUAUAACGCUGCCAUUGAACACGAUCCGACUGACAUUACGUUUCACAACAAUAUCGCAGCUGUGUAUUUUGAGCGCAAGGAGUACGAUGCUUGUAUUAAGCAGUGUGAAAAGGGUAUCGAAGUCGGACGUGAGAAUCGUGCUGACUUCAAAUUGAUUGCCAAAUCAUUGGCACGCAUUGGUAAUACGUAUCGCAAACUGGAGAAUUAUAAGCAGGCUAAGUUCUACUACGAGAAGGCUAUGUCGGAGCAUCGUACGCCUGAGAUUAAGACUUCGUUGAGCGAAGUGGAAGCGAAAAUCAAGGAGGAAGAACGUCGCGCUUACAUUGACCCAGCCAAGGCCGAGGAGGAGAAGGAGAAGGGCAAUGAGUAUUUCAAGAAAGGCGAUUAUAGCAAUGCUGUGAAACAUUAUACGGAGGCCAUUAAGCGCAAUCCCGAUGAUCCUAAAUUGUACAGCAAUCGUGCGGCCUGCUACACAAAAUUGGCUGCCUUUGAUCUCGGUCUAAAGGAUUGCGACACUUGCAUCAAGCUGGAUGAGAAAUUCAUCAAGGGUUACAUACGAAAGGGCAAAAUUCUGCAGGGUAUGCAACAAACCUCAAAAGCUUCGACGGCUUAUCAGAAAGCACUUGAGUUGGAUCCUAACAAUGCCGAGGCAAUUGAUGGCUAUCGUCAAUGCUCCAUGAACUUCCAACGCAAUCCACAAGAGGUGCUCAAGAAUGCCAUGUCCGAUCCAGAGAUACAGCAAAUACUUAAAGACCCAGCCAUGCGUAUGAUUCUCGAGCAGAUGCAAAACGAUCCAAACGCUGUCAAAGAACAUUUACAAAAUCCAGCUAUUGCCGACAAGAUAAUGAAGCUGUUGGAAUCGGGCAUCAUACAGAUACAUUAGAACUAACACACUAGCCUUAUCCAUUAUAAAACACACCAUUAACAUUCAGGAGACAAAACAAACACAACCAACAAUAUAUGCAUAUAAGAUUAACUAAUUGAACUACUAAGCCGCGCUGCGCAGCCUCAAAAGAAAAACUAUGCAACAAAAGAGAUAACGUUAACAUUUCCAAAAGAAAAUAAGAAACUAUAUAUUGGAUAUUGCUAAACGCUAAACGCUAAAACUCGACUACAAGCUCACUAAAGAACGCAAGAUUGAAACUCGAUUCAACUCGUCUGCCUAGUUGACUUACGCAGAUAUUUUUAUGAAGUUGAGAUCACAGCUCUUAAAGAUAAAGCUAUGGUCCACAUUUUUCAAUCUACAUAAUUCGCUGUAGCUUAGCUCUAUAAAUAAGUUUUUCAAAUGUAAAAUAAAUGCAAGUCGAAAACGGUAA